AUGGAGACACAGCAGCAGCACAGACAGCACAAGGCGAAGCAGGCGGGGGUUAAAGCAGCGCGUCAGCAGCAGCAGCGAAAGAAGAAAGCAGCAACAACAGCAGCAGCAGCAGCAGCAGCAGGCGGCAGCAAACGUCAUAACCCAAAGGCCUUUACUUUCAGUGGCGGUGUGGUGUCUGUACAGCGUAGAGUUCAGCAUACACUCGACAAGCAGUCUUUAAAGCAGCAAGCAAAAGUAAUAGAUAAGACUCCUCAAGCACCUCCUCCUUAUACUGUUGUUGUUCAGGGGCCUCCAGGGGUGGGCAAGUCCUUUUUGAUUCGAAGUUUGGUGCGUCAUUACUGCGGGCAGUCUGUAGGGGAUAUUAAAGGCCCUUUAACUGUGGUAGCCUCUAAGAAGGUUCGAUUUACUUUUAUUGAAGCUCCUAACGAUGUCUCCGCGAUGAUAGAUGCAGCAAAAAUCGCAGACAUAGCUCUUCUUCUCAUCGAUGCUCAAUUCGGUUUUGAAAUGGAGACAUUUGAGUUUAUAAAUAUGUUGCAGCUGCACGGUUUGCCUCGUGUGUUGGGUGUACUGACGCAUUUAGAUGUGAUAAAAGAUAUAUCUUUAAGAAAGAAGAGAAAGAAAGCUUUAAAAGACAGGUUCUGGAGGGAGUUAUAUGAAGGGGCAAAGCUGUUUUAUUUAUCAGGUGUACGUAAUAAGCUGUACAUACACCGCGAUGUCGCUAACUUAGCUAGAUUCUUGUCUGUAGCAAAACCUAAACAACUUCUCUGGAGGUCUGCACAUCCUUUUGUAGUUGCACUUAAAACAAAUGUCUCCUUUAACAGCAAUAAUAACAGCAGCAACAGCAGCAGCAAUUAUCAGCAGCAGCACCAGCAGCAGCAGCAGCGAGUUGAAGACGAGGAUGAGGAAGACGAAAAACACCAGCAGCACCAGCAGCAGCACCAGCAGCAGCAGCAGCAGCAGCAGCAGCAGCAGCAGCAGCAGCAGCAGCAAGUAUUGGAGGUGUAUGGAUAUGUGGGCUUCACCCCCAAAGCGCAGCUUAUUAAAGAAGGCCAGGCAGCAAGCAGCAGCAGCAGCAGCAGCAGCAGCAGCAGCAGCAGCGGGAGUGAAGAAGAGGACAGCGACAGCAGCAGCUCAGAGACAGAAGAAGAAGAAAAAGAAGAAGAAGAAGAAGAGCUAACCGGUGCCGUUAAGAUGGUGAGGGAGCUGCAGCAAGGAGACAAUUUGCUGCAGCAGCAGCUGCAGCAGCAGCAGCUGCUGCUGCUGGAUACCUCUACAAGGUGCCUAGACACCUCAGAGCCACCGCCUCCUCGCCGCAGCGCAACAGAAAGGGACAGUAUGUUAGCUGAGGAGGAGCAACAAACGGGGGAGACCGAGACAGGCGGAGAGACAGACAGCGAAGAGACAGAAGAAGAGACAGAGACAGAAGGAGACAGUCAGGAGGAGACAGAGACAGAAGGAGACAGUCAAGAGGAGACGGAGACACCAGAAGAGACAGAGACAGACGAAAGACAAAGAAAAGAUAAAAAGAAAAGAGACACAAUAUACAGGAGACAAGCAAAGGAAGACAGCAGCAAAGAAACACCAGGAUCAAUCCUGCUGCAGCACCUCAGCAGCAGCGGCAGCAGCAGCAGCAGCAUGGGCCGUCAAUCCCUCGCAGAUGUGGUGUACGGACAGCUCUGGCGAGGAGACAUGCAGCCCUCCAGCAGCAGCAGCAGCAGCAGCAGCAGCAAGUCAACAAACAAGCGCAACUCACCAGCAGAAGGGAAGCUGUCUCUCUUUGAGGAUUCAGACGGAGACAGCGACAGCAGCGGCGAAGGCAGCAGCAACGAGGGGGGCCCCAACAGCAGCAGCAGCAGCAGCACGACGAGCAGCAGCAAACGCAGCAGCAGGCUGUACGGAAACCUGCCUCCGCCUGCUUCUGCUUCUUCACUGUCUCCUUCAUUUGAAUCAGGAGACAACCCCACAGAGGAGACAGCCGCAAUUUAUAGAGCGCUGGGGGUCGAUCCCGACGAUCCCAGUCAAGUUGAGGCCUUGUGGACCCCACAGUUUAUAAAGGCUAUCAAGCGUCAGUGCUUUAUUACGGGGGGCUGGCAGGAGCUGGAGGAAGCGAAGAAGGCAACUGAGGGAAAGACAGCUGCUGCUGCUGCUGCUGCUGUUGCUGCUGAUGCUGGGGAGACAACAGAUGAACAGCAAGAGGCCGCGAGUGAGAAGGAAGAGACGGCAGAAAACUCUGUUUAA